AUGGCACAACAAGAAACCCACCAGCCUCCAGUUUAACUCUUUGCUGUGGAACAAGCUCAGAGUGACAGCAGGUGCCUCUUCAGAAUAGUUUAAAGAAGUCUUUGCCUUGAGGCUGUGAAUUGGGUGAUUGCUGAAGCCUUUUCCUUAUGUAGAAUCUACUGGUUAGCUCCUUAGCAAAGAAGCAGCCUACAAAAACAGACACAGUUGUCGACUCUCAAGGUGUGGAUGAUCAUGGGAGAACAACUGUUAAAGAACAGCAUCCUUGAUCAAUUUAUUAAUAGCCAUGAGCAGUCAUAUGAAGAGUUUCUAAAUACAUUCACAUAUCUUUUUAAAGAGAAAGAGGGAAAGACAAUUCAGGGAAGUAAAGUGGACUCCUUAAGAAAAAAAUGUUCUACUUCUGAAUUACCAAACAGAAAUAAACAGAAUGGCUCACCUGAAAGAAGCAAAGAAAUGUGGGUAUCAUUUCCACCACGGAUGCCAAAUGAGAACGAGACAGUGAUGAGUGAGAGCUCAGCAGCUGAUGUCUCUGAUGGAAAUAAUCUCAAUCUGUCUGAAAGAGUGAAGGUGGAAAAGUACUUAAACUUGGAAGAUGUAGACACAGAUGAAGAGACAUGCAAUGCAGGGUCAUUAGUUCUCCCAGGAGAGGUGGAAGAGACAGUGACUUGCUGUACACCCUUCUUUGAAAAGCCUAUUCAGCCGAAGUUCAGAGACUUGCCAGUUCCCCAGCCAUCAGACAGCAAAGUCCAGGAGCUACUGGGUGAUGAUGUUCAACCAUUCUCACUUGAUGAAGAAUUUGAUUAUGACAAUGUGGCACUGACCCCUAAGUUCUCUGAAGCUGAGCUGAAGGCCAUUUUAGAGUUGUCUGAAGAGGAAAUGGGUACAGAUGUCAAAUCUGCAUGAGCUGAAGGCAGAGUCAAAGGUGUUCCGUGCAGGGCUGUUGGAAUGACCUUUUUAUGGGGUGAAUGUAACUCCUUAUUGUACCUUUAGUGUUCUUAUCUGCAUGGCCAGUAAAUGGCAUCCUGAGAUUUAUUCUGUCAAGGUGCCUUGGAUCCUCUACUGGCUCAGGAUAGGUGCGCUGGCAUGACUUCUCCAUAGGAACAAAACAAGCUGCUGGAUUUCAGAAUAGCUUCAUGGCUACUCUUGCUUAUAUCUGUUACUGACUCAGUUUCUGAGUAGUACAAAGCUGGUCCUGAAGCUGCCUUUUACCUCAUUCUUUCAGUAAUGCAGUUAAGAGCUUCUUAAUAGCUGACAAAUCAGUCUAUGAACUCCUUAAAUGUAUAGAGAUACAUGAGUGAAUAAAUCUGGGAGUAUUUUUUUCUUUAUCUUUUCUUUGUCUUUUGAUUUCUUACAAAUUUGUAGAACUGAUUAGUUCUGCAAAAAAUAAAUAUUCCUGUUUCCAACAAACUUUUUGUGUUGAUCAAAAUUCAUAUGAUACAACUCCUAAAAUUAAAACAGGAACUGCUCAAACCACCCCCUCUUCCACACAGAGAAAAAAAUAGCGAUCUCAUUCAUUAAAGGAAUUGGCAUUGAAAGGCUGUCAGAUUUUACAUUUUUUCACAGAUGAUUCCAAAUAACAGCUUAUAGCUUACAGUCUGCAUCACUGAAAUAGAGCAAGCUGGAGCUGAGUAAAGGUCAGCUAUAUGGGUGGGAGAGAACAGUGUGUAUCUUUGACACAAGAUACUGUGUGCUCCUUUUCUGAAGAGUUUGGAGUCCUUUGUUUUCAGCUAACUGCAGAAGCUUUGCUAUUGAGGCUUGGUUUAAUAUCACAAUGCUGCAUUGUAUUUUUGGUCCUUAUCUGGUAUAACUGCAUUCACUAAAGUUUACUGACCAACAUUUUGUCCUUGACCUCUCUCUAUUAUUUCUGAAGUGGGUGAUUAGCAUGACAAAUAUGGGAAGAGUGCCUGAGCAGACUGACAGGGCACCAAACCAUAGAUUUGUUCAAAGGCUGUGGAUGAAUUUUCUGUGGCUGGUUGGCUGCUUCAUUGUCAGUAAUUUAUAAAAGCAAAGAAAGGUUUUCUGAUGUUCCAAAGGAGAUUUUCUGGAUCAGUGAUUUUGUAAAUCAUAAUCAUGCUCCACUGAAAUUUGAAUAGGAUUGGUUUUGAUGAGUGGUAUUUACCUUGAUUAGGGGAUAUAAUUUAAGAGUGAGAUUCAAAAAAAGAACCCAACCCCCCCCACACCCCCCCCAAAAAAACCUCAAAAAAACAGAAAAGAACAAACUCUCACAGAAGAUAGUUAAGGAGACUGAUACAAAAUUACAAGUAUGUUGUAUAGAAGAACUGGUUUGUAUAGGACCUUGCUGGUAGAAGAUAAUGAGAAUUUAUUUUAAUACCUACACUCAAAAAGAUGUAGCCUUUGCUGUAGCUAAAAUCUUUUGUAAAAUGCAAUUGGAUGUGUAGCAGAUUCUGCUGGGUUUUCUGAAACUUUUUUUUAAUGUGAAUUUAUUCCAAUUCAAUAAAGUGUUUUGUUGGA